AUGGAAAUUUUAGGUGCUAACUUGAAUAACCCUACAGUAAAGAGAGAAUUGAAACCAGCCAUCGUGUCAUGCUUUGGCGAUAUUGCUAGUGUUUUGGGAGAAAACUUCCAGCCUUACAUGCAAGUUGUCAUGCAAAUUUGUACCGAACUCACUAGUCUCGCACCUACGGACAACACAUAUGAGUCUAUUGAUUACGUGAACUCCGUGAAGGAAGCAGUGUUGGACUGUUACGUUGGUGUUGUCAGCAGCUUGUCAUCGCAACCAGAGGCUCUCUAUACCAUCCUUGGUCCUGUUUUCCGGUUGAUUGAACAAAUUGCAGGCGACGUGGAGUUGGCUACAAAUGAAUCAACUGCGAGGUCUGCAGUCGGCUUGUUGGGAGACAUUGCAGCUAUGUACCCUGAUGGCCAGUUGAAGGAAUUUUACCUGCAAGAGUGGAUUACAUGGUUCAUCAAGAAGACAAGAAGCAACACCACCUUUUCACAACAAACAAAGGAUGCAGCUAGAUGGGCCAGAGACCGCCAGAAGCGGCAGAUCGCCUGA